AUGGCUACGAAAAUGCUGCCAAUAAGACAAGGCACGAGUGCCAUAAGAUCUUUGUCAAAACGCCGGCCCUCAUGCUCACAGUCAUUUUCCACCACUACACCAGCGGCGGCCGUGUCGCCAUACAGGAAAUCUCAAAAACACAUCUCAAAAAAUGAGACAACCAAGAGACCAGCGACUACAGCUGCUGCACCCGCACCAAAUCAGCGGCCCAUACCAGCGCCAGCGUUUAACCAAGACCACAGAAAUGAGCCUUCACCCUUGGUGAACCGGCAAGCGCCAGAGCUCGAUGACUCAUUUGUGGGAUUGAGUGGCGGGCAGAUCUUCCACGAGAUGAUGCUGCGGCAAGGUGUCAAGCAUAUCUUCGGAUACCCUGGCGGUGCCAUUCUUCCCGUAUUCGAUGCCAUCUACAACUCGAAACAUUUCGACUUCAUCCUUCCCAAACACGAACAGGGCGCAGGCCAUAUGGCUGAAGGUUACGCACGAGCUUCCGGCAAGCCAGGCGUUGUUCUUGUGACGUCUGGGCCUGGCGCAACCAACGUCAUUACUCCUAUGCAAGAUGCUAUGUCCGACGGUACACCCAUGGUCGUUUUCUGCGGUCAGGUGGUAACUACAGCUAUCGGCAGCGAUGCCUUUCAAGAAGCGGACGUCGUUGGCAUCUCAAGAGCGUGCACAAAAUGGAACGUCAUGGUAAAGAGUGUAGCCGAGCUACCUAAGCGCAUCAACGAAGCAUUCGAGAUCGCCAUGUCUGGCCGUCCAGGACCAGUUUUGGUCGAUCUCCCGAAAGAUGUCACAGCUGGUAUUCUCAGGAGAGCCAUUCCCACACAAUCUGCUCUGCCAGCACAUCCGUCAGCAGCGACCAUUGCGGCCAAGGCUCAAGCAAAGCGCAUGCUGAACGCAACCAUCAGCCGCGUGGCUGACCUCGUCAACAUCGCCAAGAAGCCCAUCAUCUACGCUGGUCAAGGCAUGCUCGCGACUCCAGAAGGUCCCAAGUUGCUCAAGGAGCUCUCGGACAAGGCUCAGAUCCCGGUGACUACGACUUUGCAGGGCCUGGGAGCAUUCGACGAGACAGAUCCCAAGUCUUUGCACAUGCUCGGCAUGCACGGAUCAGCGUAUGCAAACAUGGCCAUGCAGGAUGCUGAUCUCAUCAUCGCGUUGGGAGCUCGAUUCGACGACCGUGUGACUGGAGCUGUCGCAAAGUUCGCGCCCCAAGCAAAGGCUGCGGCUGCUGAAGGCAGAGGAGGAAUCGUCCACUUCGAAAUCAUGCCAAAGAACAUCAACAAGGUUGUACAAGCGACUGAAGCUGUGGAGGGAGACGUGGCCCAAAAUCUGGCCCUUUUGCUGCCAAAGGUCAAGAGUGUAAGCGACAGGCCCGAGUGGUUUGGCCAAAUCAACGACUGGAAGGAGAGAUUCCCUCUUACUGCCUUCGAACGCGGCACGCCCGAUGGACUGAUCAAACCCCAAGAGUUGAUCGAGAAGUUGUCAGUAUUGACUAGCCACAUGAAGGACAAGACCAUCAUUGCGACCGGCGUGGGCCAGCAUCAGAUGUGGACCGCACAACAUUUCCGAUGGACGUCGCCACGAUCAAUGGUCACAUCUGGUGGUCUCGGCACGAUGGGCUAUGGUCUACCAGCAGCCAUCGGAGCCAAGGUAGCGUGCCCCGAUCACCUCGUGGUGGACAUCGAUGGUGACGCAUCCUUCAAUAUGACUUUGACAGAACUGAGCACGGCGGCACAGUUCAACAUUGGCGUGAAGAUUAUCGUUCUGAACAACGAGGAACAGGGCAUGGUCACGCAAUGGCAGAGCCUGUUCUACGAAAACCGAUUCGCGCACACACAUCAAAAGAACCCCGAUUUCAUCAAGCUCGCAGAUGCCAUGGGCGUGCAGUCAAGGAGGUGCAUCAAGCCAGACGACGUUGAAGACAGCUUGAAGUGGUUGAUCGAGGGCAGCGGCGAUGGUCCAGCUCUCCUGGAAGUCGUCACCGACAAGAAGGUACCAGUGUUGCCCAUGGUGCCUGGUGGCAACGCUUUGCACGAGGUGUUGGUGUAUGAUGCCGAGAAGGAGAAGGUGCGGAGAGAAGCGUUGAUGAAGACCUGGAAACAACCGGAAUAA